CGGAAGGGAGAUGGGGUGGGAACCUUUUCUUUUCGGCCAAAGGAGGACACCGAACAGGUUUUGGGAGACGCCAAGAUGGCGGCCUCCCUGGUGACUCGCUACGGUCGUAUUGCGGCGUUUAAGGCUGUAUCACAGCAAGCAUGGGGUUUACGAAGUAUGCCUUCUCUUUAUCUCUGCACCAAACCUGGUGAUUCUAAAAAAGGCUUCCCAAAAGAUAAGGGGAAGGUCAUAACUAACUGUAAACCAGAUGCAGCUGUAAAAUUAACAGAUGAAGAUCUGAGAAAAUUCUUGGCAAUGAAAACUUUGGUAACAUUUCCUCAGAAGGCACAGUUUCCUUUUGAGAGAACACCAGUUUUCUCUUCCACAGAAGGCUUAGGGAAGAGGUUAGCAGAUGAAGAGCCAUUUUCUUCAUCCAGUUCUGAAUCAGACUCUAGCUCUGAUUCUGAAGAUGAUGACUUCAAAGAGAAGCCGCACAGACAAAAAGAACCAUGCCGGACAACUGACAACAAGCAGUUAGAAUCCGAUAUGAUAAAAACUGCUUCACAACAAAGGUCUAAAAAAAUACAUUUAAAGAGCAAGAAUUUAGGAAUAGUGAAUGCAGAGAGUCAAAAGCCAAUAGAAGCUUUGUCUGGAAGCCAGGAAGUAUCUCUCUCUGAAACUGAUCCACGGAGAACUCCACAAAAUAUAUCACAAAAUCUGGAACAGGAUGAAAACAUUACAAAGAAAAUGCAAAAAACUGAGAUGCAAGAGAGAAUUUUUGAAGAACCAGGGCCUGAAGUUUCAAGGGAAAGAAUACCAGUGAUAAAAACCGCCCUGAAGGAGGAGAUCAUCCCAGAAGUAGAAGUUCAAAUUGAAGAACAAAGCACUCCACAGGUGGCCAAGCCAUCACCUGAAACGGCUCAAGAAACAUAUGACAUUUCUACCUACAAGAACCUGCAGCACCAUGAAUAUCAACCAUUCACUUUUGUGGAUUUUGAUGUCUUGUUAUCAAAAUUCAGGCUGCCUCAGCCAUCCUCUGGGAGGUUAUCUCCAAGACACUGAACUAAUUGUGGGAAACAAAUAAAUUCCGACAAAAUA